AUGGACGAGGCAGGAGAUGGAGAGGAGGUGAAGCUGGGAUGGUGGGAGACUGCUGCUGCUGUGACUGCUGACAGGGACUGGUUUAAAUUGGCUGUUAGAAAAGCAUGUAUGCUCUACAGGCAGCAGGCUCAGAGACAGCCAGCCAUCAGAGCUGAGAGGUACACAAACUCUGUGAAUUUGGCUCUAACACCUUUCGUGGAUCUCCACAGGGUCCUGCUGUGUGCAGCUUUGGCCUGCCAAACAGUCACACUGGGAUCGGGUUGUGAAGGAGUAGGAUGUGGGAAUGCUAAGGUUUCAGGAAGGCGUGAUCAACACGGCGACGUGCAGAAUCAGUUUAAUGAAAUGAACGCGCCGUCUGCAGCUGGCCAGCACCGGGGCUCUGGAGCUGUGUUACCUUUUAUUGGACUCACUGGAAGUGCUACACAGAGUAGAAACUGCUGUAAGAACGGCGGGACCUGCAUUCUGGGGAGUUUUUGCGCUUGUCCGAAGCAUUUCACCGGGCGGAGCUGCGAGUAUGACGAACGUGUCAGGAACUGUGGGGUUAUACCUCAUGGAGAAUGGGUUCAGAAAGGCUGCUCGUACUGCAGAUGUGGAUAUGGAGUGUUGCACUGCUUCCCUCAGGUCUUUCAUGGUGACUGUGACGAUUCUCAGGAAGUACGCUGGUUUCGUUCGAACGCCCAGCGAACACUACUGACCUCCAGUUUCCUGUGUCUGGUGCUGCUUCUUUCAUUUCUGCUUUGA